AAGCACUAAAACGGACGCCACUAACUGGUGGGCGCUGGAUCUUGGUCUUUCCGGGUCCUUCCACGCCUCGCCACUGCUUCUGCCGAGCUUGGGCCCGAGGGCGAGCCGGGGAGCACCCUCUAAUCGAGAGCAGAAAUGCAUAAAAGCAGCUGGAAAAGUAGAAGACAUGGAAGAAGGAGCCAGCGGCAGAACCCUAGACUCAGACAACACAGACCUAACGAGAGGUGUAACACAGGGGCACAGCAAAGCCCACAGGAUUCCGACCAUGGCGAUGGGGAGGUUCCGUCGACCUCGACCAGCACAGCUGGGAGUUCUUCUGUGCCAGAUCUACCAGGGUUUUACUUUGACCCCGAAAAGAAUCGGUACUUCCGCUUGCUCCCUGGACAUAACAACUGCAACCCCCUCACAAAGGAGGGCAUCCAGCAGAAGGCAAUGGAGGACAAAAGGCUGCAGCUGCUAGAGGAAGAGGACAGGCAGACAAAGAAAAUAACCAGGAUGGGAUUUAAUGCCACUUCCUUGUUACAAAAAAGCAAGCUGGGUUUUCUCAACGCCACCAGUUAUUGCCGUUUAGCCCACGAGCUGCGAGUGAGCUGCAUGCAGAGGAAGAAGGUUCAGAUUCACAGCUCCGAUCCCUCUGCUUUGGCAAGCGACCGAUUUAACCUCAUAUUGGCGGAUACCAACAGUGACCGGCUCUUCACCGUGAAUGAUGUCAAGGUGGGAGGCUCCAAGUACGGCAUCAUCAGCCUGCGCGGUCUGAAGACCCCCACGCUCCGGGUGCAUAUGCACGAAAACCUCUACUUCACCAACCGGAAGGUGAACUCUGUGUGCUGGGCCUCGCUGAAUCACUUGGAUUCUCACAUUCUGCUGUGCCUCAUGGGGAUCGCAGAGACUCCGGGCUGUGCCACCCUGCUCCCAGCGUCACUGUUCGUCAAUAGUCAUCCAGCAGGAGACCGGCCUGGCAUGCUCUGCAGUUUCCGGAUCCCUGGGGCCUGGUCCUGUGCAUGGUCCUCGAACAUCCAGGCAAAUAACUGCUUCAGCACAGGCUUGUCUCGGUGGGUCCUGGUGACCAACGUGGUGACGGGACACCGGCUGUCGUUUGGGACGAGCAGUGAUGUCUUGGCCCAGCAGUUUGCUGUCAUGACUCCUUUGCUGUUUAAUGGCUGUCGCUCUGGGGAGAUCUUUGCCAUUGAUAUUCGAUGUCGAAAUCAAGGCAAUAACUGGAAGGCCACUAGCUUGUUCCACGACUCAGCGGUGACAUCUGUGAAAGUCCUCCAGGAGGAGCAGUGCCUGGUGGCAUCCGACAUGGCUGGAAAGAUCAAACUGUGGGACCUGCGGACCACCAAGUGUGUAAGGCAGUACGAAGGUCACGUGAACGAGUACGCCCUCCUGCCCCUGCACGUGCACGAAGAAGAAGGACUCCUGGUGGCCGUGGGCCAGGACUGCUACACGAGAAUCUGGAGCCUCCGCGAUACCCACCUGCUCAGAACCAUACCCUCCCCACAUCCCACCUCCAGGACCAACAUUCCCAGUGUGGCCUUCUCUUCUCGGCUUGGGGGUGUGCAGGGAGCACCGGGGCUGCUCAUGGCCGUCCAGCAGGACCUUUACUACUUCCCUUACAGCUAAUUCUGCAGGGAGCAGCCUGCAGGCUUGUGGAUUUGACUGAAUGGAGUAAAGAGUAGCCAUACCUCUGCCGUAUGCUGUUUGCAGUGAAGGCAUUUUAAAUGGAUGCUCUGUGUGCACGGAUCCCAUCCAUCCUGCUGCUGCGGACAUGAAGGUGCUAUGUUUUAUGUGGAGACACUUUAGUGAUGUAUGUCAGUUAAGUUGUGGGCUCAGAGAGCUUGAAAGUCCUUUUCAUAAAAGGUACCUAUUUCCUUUUGUUGAAUUCCUUAGAAUAGUCCCUUCCCCCUUUUAUAAAACAAAAAUUACUUUUUCUAAGGGCUGAAGAUUAGCAAUACCUAAAUUAAAGCUUCUUUUACCAAAAGCCCUUCCAAGAAGCCUAAUGAGACUGAUAGGCUAGUCCAGGGGUGGGCAAACUUUUUGACUCGAGGGCCACAAUGGGUUCUUAAACUGGACCAGAGGGCCGGAACAAAAGCAUGGAUGGAGUGUUUGUGUGAACUAAUAUAAAUUCAAAGUAAACACCAUUACAUAAAAGGGUACGGUCUUUUAUUUCAAUAGUUUUAUUCAUUUCAGACGGGGCAGAUCCGGCCCAGGGGCCGUAGUUUGCCCACGGCUGGGCUAGUCAGUGCCUGGGUCCCAAAAAGACAUGCAUCUGUACUUGAGAACGCCAGCUGGAGAGAAGGGGAAGAGGAAAGUCCUUUUCCUCAAGUUUCUAGAGAAAGAUUUGAGGCUGGAGUUUGGCCUUCUCACACUCAGUAUCAGGAACAAAUGUUUGGGAUUCUCCUUUAUCAUUCACGGGCAUUGGGCAGAAAGGUGGAUCAUUUUAGAGCAGUGGUUCUCAACCUUGGCUGCACAUUAGAAUCACCUGGGAAUCUUUAAAAUCCUGAUUUCUGGGCCUCAUUCUCCAGAAAUUC